AUGCAGUUCCUCUGUCUUCACGGUGCCAUUGGCAACACCGACAAUAUCACUAUUCAGCUGGAAACGACCUUUCACUAUCUCAAUGGCCCUCUCCUAGUUCGUCCGCCCCCAGGAUUUGAGGCGUAUUUCGGCGUCGGACCACAUUACCGGUGGAUUGACGACGGUCAAAAGUCCGGAAGGUCCUCGAUCGACCGCGUCCGCGACCUGCCAACCAGCGAGAGCAAUGACGAUGCUAUGAGAGAGGUCUUGGGGGACAUCCGCUGUCAUAACUACGCGGAGCUGAUGGCUUAUAUCGAGGAAGUACUGAACAAGAACCCAGAGAUUGGCGGGAUGAUCGCCUACAGCGAAGGAGCUGCGGCGGCUGCCACAUAUAUCCUUGAUGAACAACGCCGGCAACGCGACGAUGGCCGGGAGCGCCAGAUAAAGUGUGCCAUGUUCGUCGGGGGCUGGCCGGCCAUGAGGCGAGACACGAAGGAGUUCAUCCUUGCAGAUGACGGUGGCGACGAAAUGAUCGACAUUCCCACGCUUCAUGUCCUAGGGGCAAAUGACCCUUUUCGGUAUGGCUCGGAAGCACUCUAUGAGACCUGUGAUCUUGACGCAGCCGAAUUUUUCGAUAUGGGGAAAGGCCAUACUCUUCCACGGUCGGGUUUGGUGGUCAGUGAAUUAGCGCAGUCAAUGCGAGAGUUGAUCAGUAGAGCCGAGUAA